AUGUCCUGUUUCAUGCUUCCAAAAAAAUUCAGCGAUCAUCUUAACUUCUACACCCGUAACUUUCGGUGGGGCGGCGACCCGGAGUAUAGAGGCAUCCACUGGGCGAGUUGGGCCAAACUCUCUCUCACCAAGUCUCAUGGGGGUAUGGGCUUUCGGGACUUUAGAGCUUUCAACCUUGCCCUUCUCGCUAAACAAGCUUGGCGGUUGUUUAAAUUUCCCAACUCCCUUUGUGCCCAACUUCUAAAGGGAAUUUAUUUUCCAUCUUCGGAUUUUCUUUCAGCUGGAAGGGGCAGAAGGGCAUCUUGGGCAUGGUCGAGCAUUCUCCAAGGGAGGGAUCUCCUUCGUAAAGGCCUUCGGUGGCAAGUUGGUAAUGAUCAGUCCAUUAAUUUUUGGGAGGACCGUUGGAUUCCUUCUUCUUCAAAUUUUAAACCGGUCAGUUUGAAACCAGAUGGCUGCCAAGUUCAGUGGGUUGGGGAUGUAAUCAAUUCGACCCAUGCUGUGUGGGACAGAGACAAACUUCUGGGGAUUAUCAAUCACAAGGAUGUUAGUAAUAUCUCAGUCAUACCUGUCUCAUCUGAGGGUCAAGCGGAUACUUUGAUCUAG